UAAACAAGUACUGUUGGGUGAUUGGCAGUGAUAAGCACCAAGCAUCUUGCUAAGCGAUGCUUCAGGGACAUCUGAGUGGGUAACUGCCAGUUCAACACCCCACCCCUAUCUCACCCCUUUUGGGUGGAGAGAAUUGGAAUGGGAGAUAAAGCAUGCUGGGGCCAGCCUACGGACAGAAAUCCUACCUAGAUGGUAGAAAUCAUCGUUCUUUAAAAGGAUGGCAUAGAACAACAGCUGGAGUCACCAAGGAAAAGGCUGAAGAGAGGUGGAAAAGAUGGGAUGUUCCACCUUAGCCACAGCAGCCUUGCUGGUAGGACUGGUGAUUACUGCCACACUGGCUGAAGUGGCUGAGAACAGGAGCCAAAUAUGCCAGCCUGCACCACUCUGGGAGAUCAAUGGGACAGUCCCAAUGGAUGGGAUGGAAGGCCAGGUGACAGUAGUGGCACUGUUAAAAGCCAGUUGACAGUUUUGUCUCAAGCAAGCUGCCAGCCUUGGCAGCUUGCAGAAGAAACUAUCCCAUGAAGGGAUGGUCAAUGUAAGUUUCAUGAUUGUGAAUGAAAAGACUCCUUUUUCCCGGGCAAUGUAUUGGGAGCUCAAGCGGCAUGCUCCCGAGGAAAUCCCUGUUUACCAGCAGGAGAUCUUGGAACCUGAUGUCUGGAAAAUUCUUGAUGGGAACAAGGAUGACUUCCUGAUCUAUGACAGGUGCGGCAAGCUGACUUUCCAUAUCCGGUUGCCACACAGUUUCCUGCACUUCCCUUAUGUUGAAGCUGCUGUACACCACACAUACCACAAAGACUACUGUGGCAAUUGUUCCUGGUACUAUUCUAAUAGCAACCAAGAGAUAAGUAGCACAGCAGAGACCAGUGCGAUGACUACUGAGGCUUCCAGACACCAUGACAAGAGCCACAACCAUGCAGGAAAGAGCAAAGAGGCACCCAGCACUGUGGAGCACACGGUCCAUCAUUUCUCACAUCAUACAAUGAACAGCAGCCGCAGGGUCAUGGGUUUGGCCAGCACAUACCAGCCAGUUCCACAUAACCAGAGCCAACUGCAGAAACAGCAGGAAGCAGAACCUUAGUAAAACAGAAUUUCACAAAGGCGACAACGACAUUGUUGUAGAGCUCAGAUGUCAAGCAUUUUUAUUCUCCAUUUUGCUUGUCGUGGCAGUGUCCAUCUUGCCUUUCCUCAAGUCACAAAAAUGUCACAGCUUUUGCCUGCUAGGAAGCCAGGUUUGAUCCCCUUUCAUAUGUCCUGCUUUUCUGGAUUCAAUGAAGUGUGCAGUGUAAACUAGAAUACUCCAGUCACUGCAAACUGACACCUUACAGAAAAGCAUGUCAAAGGAACUAGAGGGACAGGAUCAGAAACCAGUAUGGACCAGCAGCUGACUGACAGCAUACAAAGAAAUGAGAUCAGAGCAGAGAAUAGCUUUGUACUUAGAGCUCAAGGUUUGGUGCACUAAGAUCCACUUGCAGAUUGAAGUUGGUGACAUAGAAUUAGCUAAGUCUAGACUGUGUGGGGGAUAAAGACACUUGACAUACAUAGAGAAGCAGAAAGAUUUGAGGUCAGGCUUGGGUAAAAGUAAUGUGUGUUGAAAUGGAAAAGUAAAUCCACCAGCAUUAUCCGCCAAAAAUUGUACCCUGGUAGAAAUAAAUCCUUUGAAAUUUUA